AUGGCUCCAACACCAUCAUCCAGGUACGUCAAAGAGCACGUAACCCCUUCCAAGACGCCGCAGUCCAAGCACCGCCUCCACUUUCCCGGCGCGAAGAACCUCCACGCGGCGGCGCCAAGCCCGCUGCCGGCGGCGGCGAGGGAGAACGCCGUCCCCACCGAGCACCCCGUCGAGGUCAUCGGCCGGAUCCGAGAUUAUCCGGACAGGAAGGAGAAGCCGCCUUCGAUCCUCGAGAUCCCGGAGGAUGGCAGAUCGGUUAGGGUUCGCACAGACAUCGGCUACCGCGAUUUCAGCCUCGAUGGGGUGUCGAUCUCUGCAGAGGAGAACCUCGAAGGUUUCUACCAGAGAUUCGUGGAAUCGAGAAUCAGGGGGGUGAGGCUCGGAUCCAAGUGUACGAUCAUGAUGUACGGGCCAACGGGAGCGGGGAAGAGCCACACCAUGUUCGGCUCCGUCAAGGAGCAGGGCAUAGUUUACAGAGCUCUGAGGGAUAUCCUGGGGGAAGGGGAGGAGGAGGAGAACAGCGGCGUAGAUGACGAGGGUUUCGGAGCCGGCCUCUUCGUCCAGGUUGCAGUAUUAGAGAUCUACAACGAGGAGAUUUAUGAUCUUCUCUCGGGGAACGCUCAUGGCGGAGCCCUCGGUGGCCUGCCUAAAGGGAGUACUCCAAAGGUGAACUCUCUCUCUCUCUCUCUCUAUCUCUCUCUCCCUUUCUUCCCAUCUCUCUAGCUCUCUCCCUCUCUGUGAGUUCCUGUAAAUCGCACGUCGUCAUUGGUUCCUUCCUUGGCGAGAAAGCCUAUUUUUUCGGAUUCACGGGAGCAAAUCCUUCACUGAAAAUGGUGGAAAUCUUCUGGCGGCGGCUUCCCCGUCACGGUAAACAGGCGAGAUUGGAAAUCAUCGGCAAGAAGGCGAAGAACGCGACGUACAUCUCUGGAAACGAGGCCGGGAAGCUGUCGAAAGAAGUCGCGAAGGUGGAAAAGAGGAGGAUCGUGAGAAGCACGCUCUGCAACGAGAGAAGCUCUCGUAGUCAUUGCCUGGUACGCUGGAUCUUCCUCCUCCGCCGCCUCCUUCCUUCCUGUGAGUAAUCUCCCUGACAAAUACCGGAUGUUCUCUCAAAACUUCCUCAGAUAAUCCUGGAUGUUCCCUCCGUGGGAGGAAGACUGAUGCUAGUCGACAUGGCUGGCUCAGAAAACAUCGAGCAGGCGGGGCAGAUCGGGCUCGAGGCCAAGCUACAGGUUCCCUUGUUUUCAUCAUUUCCCAGAUCUCGUUUAGGUGGAAGAAUCGACAGACGAGAAGGAGCGGGACUCCGGAUACGGAAAUGUUCUUAUCAGUUCAUGAUCGAUGUGCGAUUGAUGCCUGAAAUCGUUUUCCUUCGAUCUGCAGACUGCGAAAAUAAACCAGGGAAAUGUGGCUCUGAAGAGAGUUGUUGAAUCGAUUGCUAAUGGUGAUUCUCACGUCCCCUUCAGAGACAGCAAGCUGACCAUGCUCCUGCAGGCAGGAUCUUCUGUUCUACCUCGAAGCUCCCCAUUUCUCGACGAUCGAGAGAAAUAUCUUUUUUUUCCUCAAUUGUGUUCAUUCCUGUUCGCAGGAUUCGUUCGAAGAUGACAAGUCGAAGAUCCUGAUGAUCCUGUGUGCUAGCCCAGAUCCUACAGAGAUCCACAAGACGAUCUCGACUCUCGAGUACGGCGCCAAGGCGAAGUGCAUCGUCCGCGCCGCCCACCUGCCGACCCCCAGCAAACACGGCUCCGAGGAAUCUGGAGCCACGCUGGCGUCGAGGAUCGCCGCCAUGAACCAGUUCAUCCUUAAGCUCCAGACAGAGAACAAGAUGAGGGAGAGAGAGCGCGAUGAAGCCCACAGGGAGCUGAUGAAGAGAGAAGAGGAGGCGAACGAGCUGAGGUCCAGGCUUGAGCGAGUGGAGGGGCGGGGAUCCUCCAGAAGAGAAGAAGAGAUCAGAUCCAAGGUCGACGAGAGGACGCAGAUCUUGAGGCAGGAGUUGGAGAGGAUGGAGAAGAAGAUCCUGCAGCAGGAGGAGGAGCUGGAGAUCCUGAGGCGGCGACUGGACAACGUUUCUUCUCAGAGCCCCGGCGCAGGAUUUCUGAAGCGCUUCUCUGACGCAGUCGCCGAGAACGACAGAGCGAUGAUGGAGAAGUCCAUGGACUUGGACAUUGGCGAUGAUCAGAUCUUCUCCGCGAUCCCGGAGAAGAAGACGGCGGCCCUGAGCACCGUGCUCGAAGCGGAGGAAGAAGAAGAGGUGGAGAAGGGAGUGGUGGUGGUGGAGGAGGAGGAAGAACACGGCGGCGGCGCGCAGAGGAGAGCCCCAGAUCCGAGCUUCCAUCUCGAGGAUACAGAGAGAGGAGGGGGAGGAAGCGGCUUCCUGGAGAGCUCUUCUGCGAGGAGGACGAGAAUUCAGAACAUCUUCAGGCUCUGCGGGAACUACAGAGAAAUUGCGCAGCAGGUCCAAGGUAAGAUCCCCAUCCCCUUCAAAAGAAAAUCCAGCAGUCAGGACCCCUUCAGAGCUUCUCCGGCGCCGACGGACGAGGAGAUAACAGAGAACACCCCGAGGACGAAGCCGCCGGCGCCGGCGCCGUCGCCGCCUUCUCUCCGGCGAGAAAAUGGCGUCCUCUCCGAUAUCACAGAGACGCACUCGGUCAAGAGAUACAAGUCAGCGGAGAAGGAGAACAGGAGGCUGCCGGGGGAGGACGAAGGGGAAGACGAAGGCCCACAGAAAAUCCGGGCAAAGACCACCACCCACCUGCAGAAGAGUCAAAACCCCUUCUGCCCACUGGAGAACAAUCUCUCAGUCAUGGCGGUAAUCCCCCAUGAAUGA